UUUUAUUUUAUUAUUUGUUUGUACAGACUGACUAUCUUUUAAAUAAAUGUAAUAGAAUAUUAUUUUGCUAAAUCGAAUAAUACACUGAUGACAUGUGAAUGGCUUAAUUGUAGGAGAAGCUAUAAGCAAUGUUGAGAAAAUUAAUUAUAUUAAUAUUUUAGAAAUAUUUCAAACUUUUUAGGAAAUAAGUUAAAAUGUCCAAUCCAAAUGAUAACUCUAACACCAAUUGCCUUGAAUCCAAUCCUUUACAACGUUUAGCAUCUCUAAAGCCACCGAGAGACCUUAAGUUAGGUGGUGUAAAACCAAAUAAGAAAGUAUUUACACCAAAUUUGAAUGUUUCACGCAACAAAAAUAAGGGCCCAACAGGGACAACCAACAGAGAACAAGGACUAGAUGAAAAAAAUAGAAAUAAGCGCAGAAAUGAAAAAAAUAAAAAUUUUAAAAAUGUACCAAAUGUUAUCAAAUCUUCAGGUGUUUUCUCAGAAGGUUUGGGCAGUGCAGAACGGCAUUCAAGUCGAGGAUCUUACAACAGAGAAGCGAAUGCGGCACCCACACUGCAGAGACCAACAAUACGUGUAAAAGAUGUGAUCAAAAUAGACAAUGAGCUAGAAGACAGCAAGAUUAAAGCAGCUCUGAGUGAGGAUGGGCAAGAGGUGGAGGCCGCUGAGGACUUCAAGAAUGUGUUGGACGUGGAUGCGCCUGUCAGGCUGCCCAUGGAUGAUGGAGGGAUGUUGGUGAUGCAGAAAGCUGUACACGUGAAGCAGGAGGUGGUGGUGAAACAAGAACCGUCAGAUGAUGACCAUCUUAUAAAAACAGAGCAGAAACCAAUGCUAGAUGUGAAGGAGGUGUUCGAUGACACAAGUGUCGCCAACCUGAUCAAGAGUGACAAACCAAGCCUCAUACUGCUGCAGUUGGCGGACACGCUUCCGGGUCGCGGAGUGGGCGGGGCCGCAGGAGAGACCGGCGCCUCCGACCCUGGUGACGACGAAAAGCCGGUGGUGGAGUCGCGGUGCCGGCUGUCAGACCUGGAGGAAGGUCGGCUGGGCAGGUUGCGCGUCCAUCGCUCCGGCAGGGUCACCAUGCUGCUGGGGAACACUGUGUUUGAGGUGAGCUCGGGCACGAAGGCGUCGUUCCACCAGGAGGCUGUGUCGCUAUCCUUGGACGAGGCCAGCCGUUCGGCUAACCUGGUGUCGCUGGGGCCGCUGCAGCACAAGCUGAAUGUCACCCCACACUGGGAGACCCUCUUUAACGACUUGGCUAUACGGGCAAAGAAUUCAUAAAACUGUUCAAACUGAGGCGAAAAACGCCCGGGACGCGUUUUAGAGCAAUUCGCUCGCUCGCUUAUCCUCUCAAACUGACGCGACUUCCCGCGUGUUAUUUUUGGUUCCAGUGGAAAAACAUCAUGCAUUGUGAUAUCAAACAAUCUCGCCGGGCGUCUCGCUCUUGUUUCGCUUCAACUCAAUAAAAUUAUACAUGGUAGAAUCAUAUCCCCAGAAUGUCUUAUAAAUGUAAAUCUUACAGUCCCUAGAAAUAGACCAAGAUUCCAUAUUAAAAAUAUUUUCAGCCUAACAAUCAGCAGAACUAGUAUAGGUAAAAACGCCCACUUAAACAUAAUUAUGAGCUCUUAUAACGAUAUCACUGCAAAAAAUGGUAAUAUAGAUAUUUUUCAUAUGACUAAUAUCAAUAAAUUUAAAACCGACUGCAUUUAAAUGUCUUAGUUAUGUAAGUUAAUUAUAAGAAGUAAAUUAUUGUAUUUUUGUAUAGUUAUAAAUUUUAUAAAUCUCUUUUUUUUUUGAAGUAGAAAUGUAUUUAAUUCAUUUAAAAUCAUAAUUUUUGUUUGACUCUUCAUUUCUUUUAUUUUGUUAUGUUUAAUUGUUCAACUUUGUUAUUCUUUUCGCACAAAUGUUGUUUACACCUGUAAAGACAUGUCAUAUUGUACUAUCCCUUGUGUACUUGCUAAAAUUUUAAUUGUAUAAUGAUGUGUUGUUGGUGUAACUAUCUAAAUAAAUAAAUAAAAAAUAAAUAAUCUUGAGCGACUACUCGCGUCAAUUUGAACACAUCCAUACAAGUUAGCCGACACAAUCGGCGCGAGCGAAUUCCGUCCCGAAUCCCGCGCGUUAUAAGCCUCAGUUUGAACAGAGCUUUAAGCCGGAACUAUAAAGCAGUAAGGCCUUGUCCAGAAAGGGCGAAUUCGCCGCGAAUCUCUCGCGCGUCCGUUGCGUUCAAGAAGGAGCGUAGUAACGCGUGAGCAUUUGGGAACGGAGCCAGUCGAAAACAUGGAGUUGAACGAAGCGGUCUCUUUGUGGUUAGCUUACCGUCGCUGGAAGAGACAGAAAUGGAGGGAAAAUAGAAUGUAUUUAGUACAUCCAAUUCUUAAUGAUAGAAUGACACAUAGUAUGUUUGAAACUUUGUAUCCGAAAUUAAGACAAUAUGAGAAAAAAAUGUUUAACUACUUUCGUAUGUCCGUGAAAUCCGAUGCUUGUGGACGCGAUGUAUUGAUGUCUAGUACCUCGACAACGCGCGUAUGUAUUCGCGCGAUACGAUUCGUGACGAAUUCGCCCCUUCUGGACAAGGUCUAAACACUGACUUUGUUCGAAGAAUGAUAAUAUGAAGUUACUGCUGAUUUGGUAGAAGAAUUCUACUCCCAUUUCUUAAUUUACUCCAUUCAAACCCUCAAUCCCCUAUUCAUUUACAGAGGAUCAUUUAGUGGCCAGGCCGUUUAUUAUAAGUGAAAUAAAGCCAAGUGAAAUAUUUAAGGUAUAAUGUUGAACAGUUAUAGCAUCAUGUGUUUGUCUGUCUGUAUACUGUAAAUUUACAAUGAAUCUACCAUGGUUUUUUUGUUGAAAAAUUGUACAUUUGUGAAUUUAUGUAAAUAAAGGAAUUUCGGGCCAAAAAGAAUGAAGAAAGAAUAAAUUAACAUAAAAUAA